CUUCAAGAGAGACGCUUGACGCUUGCACACACAAUGUUAGUGUAGAGUCGGGACCCCUGUAGAGUUAGACUGCCUUUUUACGUUAUCUCAUCUAUUGCGCUUUUCCAAACUAUGACUGGAGUAUUCGACAGAAGGAUUCCGAGUAUUAAACCAGCAGAUUUUCAAAACCCUUUUCAGCUCUCCACAAUGCAUCACCCAUCUCAGGAAUCACCAACCCUGCCGGAAUCGACAGCCACGGAUUCUGGCUAUUACAGCCCUGCUGGAGGAGUUCAUCAUGGCUAUUGUUCACCGAAUUCGGGCUCGUAUGGGAAACCUCUUAAUAGCUAUCAGUACCAAUACCACGGAGUCAAUGGAUCUUCUGGAAAUUACACUGCAAAAUCCUACCCUGAUUACGGCUCAUACUCCACAGCGUAUCAUCAAUAUGCCGGAACGUACAACAGGGUGCAGUCACAACCGAGCCCACAAGAAAAAGAAACAGUUGAGCCUGAAGUGAGAAUGGUCAACGGAAAGCCCAAGAAAGUCCGAAAGCCACGCACCAUCUAUUCCAGUUUCCAGCUCGCGGCUUUGCAGAGACGCUUUCAGAACACACAAUACCUCGCGCUUCCAGAGAGAGCCGAGCUCGCUGCAUCAUUAGGGCUUACACAGACACAGGUGAAAAUUUGGUUCCAGAAUAAGAGAUCAAAACUAAAGAAGAUUAUGAAAAACGGCGAAUUGCCACCAGAGCACAGUCCCAGCUCCAGUGACCCGAUGGCGUGUAACUCACCGCAGUCUCCCGCGGUGUGGGACUCACAGGGUCCUCAGAGACCCCACCAUCAGCCACAAAAUAUUAACACAGCGCCAUCCUCGUUUAUGGAAAACAGCAGCUCUCCGUGGUAUUCUUCCACCGGGACGAUGAAUUCUCACAUUCAGGCAGCCGGCACGUUACAGCACUCGUUGGCACUCGGACCAGGAACGUUGUACUGAAAUUUGUAUAUUAUUUUGUUGUAUAUCGGACUGGUGUUAACAAUUUUUGAGGAAUAUGCAAUGUAUUAUUAUGGCAGUCAUAGAAGACAGUGUAUAAUGUGUAAAUGUGUGCAUGUAAUUUAUUGCAUUUGGAAGAAUUAUUAAAUGUUUUAAAUGGACAAUGGACCCGAACACUUUCAAUGGUGCCUUGAAUUUGAUCUCAGUGCGUGCACCCGCCGAUGUGCCAGAAAAUUACGAACAACCCCAAAUAAAUGUUCUUUCUUUAAUUAGAAAAUAUUUUUUGUAUUUUUUAAGGUAAACUGAAACGCAACAAUAAUGAAACUCAUGAUCUCAGCGCAAACAGGAUGUUUGCUCGACUUUCCGGUCAUUGGGACCUAAAUGGAUAUUAUCAUCGUUUAUGACACUGGAUUGUUGUGAAUGGGAUUUGUAACAAACAUAAUGUAAUUAUUUUUAAUUUUUAGAAUAAUGGGUUGUUGGCUAAGCAAUUAUAAAUUAAAUGUCGAGGAGAGUAAAAUUAUUUGAUUUUUGAUUUU